CCCGGCUCAAGUCCCCCGGCUCAAGGCGCUUGACAUUUGAUCCCCUCUGCCUGGGUAACCUCCAGUGGGAUCGAGUGCGCGUCAGGGAGUCACACGUUUGUCGCCUAGAGUGAUAUUGCACUGCCAUUCAUUUGACACGUUUGAUCGCCUUGAGUGGUCUUCAAUUGAUUUGUUUCACACGUUUGUCGUCUAGAGUGAUAUUGCGCUGCCAUUCAUUUGACACGUUUGAUCGCCUUGAGUUGUCUUCAAUUGAUUUGUUUUGCUGGGUGCUUCCGAGGCAGUCUCUGCAAUCUUUCGUUAUGCCACACGUGCGGAGUGCGAGUGCUCGCAUUAUGCGUCGGGCGCUGGCUGUUCAAAACGGAUACUGUGUGCAUUUACCUAUUCGUUUGCCUCUGGAUGGUUUGGUGCCACCUACGUGUCUCCCACCACCAGGGCUGGAUCGGGCGACUGCCGAUGUGGUUCUAGAUUAUCUCUUGUUGCGCGAUCCACCUGUUGUUAAACGCAGUUUGGAGGAGGAGGAGGAGGAGGCUGACAUUGAGACUGUUUCGGAUAAUCUUUCUUGCCGUAUGCAGGCUUCUGAAUCGCUGGUUGAUGUAGAUAUUGGAGUGCAGGCUUCUGAAUCACUGGUUGAUGUUGGAGUGCAGACAGUUGAUGUUGCGGACUUUCAUUGUGAAGUCGGCUGUCAGACAGAUAGUGUCGUUGGGAUGGAGGGAGGAGCUUCAGGAGUUCUUCUUGGGAAAGUGACUGUGGCGGCGGAGGAGGAGCUGGAGGCACCCUCGAGUGCGGAGUCUUCUCCGAACGUGCAGUCUGAUUCUGAUAGCCGCGCCUUGUCAGGAGCGUCCCAGGGGUGUCUGAAUCGUCCCGUCACGCUCAAUGAGGUAUCGAAGGAGUCGCGCCAGAGGACUCGAGGGAGAGAUCGUGACAAGGUCAAGGGGACAUCGACGUGCUCUCAGGCCACCAUUGCCGAUGUCAAAGCGUGGAUUGACGCUGUUGCCAGCAUCAACGAGUUGAAUGCGAUCCAGUAUUUAAAGAACGGAAUGGAUUUGUUUGAUAAGCUGGUGACAGAACGUGGGUUCCCUACAAAGAAGGCCCAAAAAGAUUAUGCUCGGAAGCUGUAUGAGAUGCUCCAGAAUGUGCAAGCGACGCUGGAGGAUCUUCUAGGAUUUUUCGAGGUGCACAGGUUCUUGACAGGACAAAUGAACAGCGCCCAGAUGGCCAAGUUUCUUGAGGUUUCCAAGUGCAGCGAUUACCGAAUAAUAUUCUUCGGGCGCCCGAGGAGUUUCGACAAGUUGGGAUGAAGCUAUUCGUGCGCACUUGUAUGCAACUUUCGGUUUAGAACAGCGAAGGCUGUAAUGCUUGUAUCUCACCUGUUCUUGUUUUCCUCACUUUAUUUCUCUGUUUGACCUCUCGCUGGAGCCAUGAUGGCUCUACGGCCCGCUGUGGGCCCCACUAAGCGCUUCAGGUGUGUAAAGGGCAGGAGCCCCUCAUAUUCUUCAGGUGACGUUCUUCCACGGGUUGUUUCCCUGUCUAAUUCGUUGUUUACUUCACAUGUGACGUUGAGCAUACGCCUCUUGUCAUACGGCGGGUUGAACAUGCGUAUUUCGGACUGGUUUGAUGUGAAUAAGAGUUUGUGCUCACUCACGCCUUGCCUGUUUGGAUGCGUCCGCUCCUUGCUCCGACUAGGCUGGAAAGUCUGCACAGUCGACCGCAAAGUCCGCAAAAAAGGAAGGUUGACGGUUUACCGCCGGCGCCCACUUCGCUUGCACGUCCCCGUCCUGGAAGCAUGUUGGUGUUUAUCUUGGCUGUGUAGUGGUCGGGGUCCCGCUUGGAGGCCUCGGUGCAAUGCCUCGUUUGGAGGCUCGAGCCUGUGUCUCGGUACUGUGCCUCGUUUGGAGGCGCGAGACGCUGCGCGGCGGGUGAGACAUUCGCACAGUGAGCGCUACGCAAACGC